GGCCGUCAGUCAGACAAUAGAGUGAUGUCGAUAUGCCCUAGCCAUUCGGUGAGCUGCUAUCUCGAAGCACGCGCAGGAGAGUGAUGCACCUCUCAAAGUCCAAUGGCUCUUUCCCCUAACGCUGUCUGCGGGAGCUGCGCCAUGCCUUUGAUGCAAGGCCAUCAUAAUUCACUUCGUUUUGUCAGGAUGCUUCAGCGUCGACUGGAAAGUAGUGGCCUUCGGACGACGCCCGUGGUUGUGUCCUCGCGGGGUUACGAAGAAGCCGUUUCCCAGCUCAACAAGCUUCAAAGUAAUGUACAAGCGAUCGAGGAGUCGGUCAAGUUGCGACAGACGACGGCUCCCCUGACAUACACAAAGUGCUCGAACUAUCUCCAUGCUCUCGGCAUCGAGCAAAAGCAGCUCACUGCUAUGCGAGUCGUGCACGUGAGCGGCACGAAAGGCAAAGGCUCGACAUGUGCAUACACGGAAUCCAUUCUGCGCUCGUACGGCUAUAAGACAGGCUUCUACUCGUCGCCUCAUCUGGUCGCAGUUCGGGAACGGAUACGAAUCAACGGAAAACCGAUCAGCAAGGCUAUAUUCGCCAAACACUUCUGGCACACCUUCGACAUCCUGACGGACUUCGAGCAGCGUUCCGGUGAGAAGGUUCCGAUGUACUUCGCUUUUCUCACCAUGAUGGCUUUCCGAGUAUUCAUGCACGAGAAAGUUCAUGUCGCGGUCGUAGAGGUGGGGAUCGGCGGCGAAUAUGAUUGGACGAAUGUUGUUGACCAACCCAGCGUGGUCGGGAUCACCUCUCUCGGUUUGGAUCACACCAGGUUGUUGGGUGACACGAUUGAGCAGAUCGCAUGGCACAAAGGGGGUAUCAUGAAAUUUCUCGUGCCCGCUUUCACGGUGACACAGCCGGCUUCGGCCAUGGAAGUUCUGCAGAAAAAAGCAAUCGAGCGCCGUUGCCACCUAUACUGCGUGCCAUCCCUCCACCUCUACGACACGAAGGAAACUUUCGUCAAAUUGGGUAUUCCCGGAAAAGUACAGAUGGAGAACGCUUCGUUGGCAAUUCAGCUCGCUCACUUCUGGAUUAAGAAGAACGACCCCCUUCGCUUCCCGCACGUCGAAUGGGGAGUCACGCCCAGAGAGGAUGUGUGGAACUUCUCCUACGCCGAGACCGACCGAACUCUAGCCCGACCAUUCGCACUUCCAAAGGCCACCAUGGAAGGGUUAACUCAGUGUCGGUGGCCGGGACGAUGUCAGCUGCUAGUGCAGGGGAAUACGUCGUACUUCCUCGAUGGUGCGCACACACUAGAGUCCAUGGAAGAAUGUGCGCGAUGGUUCGUAAAAUGUCACAAAACUGCAUCGAAACGUUACAAAAUACUCGUGUUCCAUUGUACAGGGGAUCGCAACAAUCAGACCCUGCUGAGUCACCUCGGGGGUAGCGAAUUCGACUGUGCAAUAUUCACGCCAACACGCACUCACAUCGAGAGUUCGAUCUCAAGUGAUAAUUCGAACUUUACUGUGAAUAUCGAAAAGGAACGAAUGAAGUGUCUCGACGAUGAGCAAGUUUUCCUAAAACUUGUGAGGGAGCGUCCCGUGCAAACUAAUGUUGUUUCGUGCGUUGCUGAAGCUGUUCAUCUGAUCAGGAUGAUCUCCAAAGAGAAGCUCGAAAAGAGUAUCAAAGUAUCAGCUCUAGUAACCGGCAGCCUUCACCUUGUCGGUAACACGCUGUCGAUAAUCGACCCCGAUUCGGAAUGAUACCAAAAACGAUCGGUAUCUCAAUGCCGGAGGGAAGCAGGGAAUAUCGAUCCUUCACUCUGCAUUCGGGUCAGAGGAAACUUUCGGAGCUACCGAAUUUUUGUGAGCGAUGCCAAGGACUUAUCCAGUACGUUUCGAGUUCGGUCUCGAGAAGCUUGUAGUAUUUCAGAUAACAUCGACCGAUGUUUUGUAUAUGACACCUCGAUUAUGGAAUAAAUGUU